AUGAGUUCACAGCUUGACCUGUUCAGAAAUAUCAAAAUCCAGUUCAUAAAGUACUAUCCUUUGGUAUGUAGAUAUCUUUCGAUAAUUUAUAUUUUGUAUAUAGAAGUCUCAUUCAGUUCUAGCGCAUGUAGUCCUGUACUGACUCUUCAUUUAGAUGUGUUUCCUAUAGAUGUUGUGUCAGGACGAUUGUAUUUCUAAGAUUCCAUGAUGAUCUACAAAUUUACGCAUUAGCUAAUAAAGGGUACAUAUUAUUAAUCGUGGUACUGGCAUCGAAAAAAAAUUGUUUAUUUCUGUAUAUUCUUUAUAUUCUCGCCAUUCAUUUCACUGAACGUCUCCCGCUAGCAAAAUAAUAUCCCGUCACUCUUCGCGCGCUUCGUUCUUCAUUUUACAAAGCUUCUCCAAACUAAAGGAAAACGAUCACGUGCGAAAUUUACCACUAGUGUGUCUUUGUAAUAAGGAUAUUAAAGUAGUGCCUAUUAUGUUGCACUUGUGAAAUUGUAUUGGCAUUCAACAUUCAUGCACAAGAACUGUUUCGUUCAUGAGCAAAAUAGAUCUGAAUGAAUUUCGCGUUUUCGAAAUGAAUGGCAAUGUUUCUGCGAGUGUUUUGAAAUGUAGACCUAGUGUUAUUAAAUGGGUUGGCAAAAAUUUUACUGCGGAUAUAAAUUCGAAGACAGACGGUCGUGAUCUUUCUACAGUGGGGACUAUUCAAGCAUAUACAAUGUCGGCGCAAGAACACGAUCAAAGCAAAGAUUCUGAUGAAUCAUCUGAAGAUCAACAAGCCAUAAAUAAGGAAUCUUUGUUUCGUAAGUCGAACAAUGCAGAAAGAAAGUAUGGCUGUCUGAUAUGCAAGAAAAGUUUUAAAUGGCGUUCACAUUGGAAAUCUCACCAAAGAAUACACACUGGAGAACGACCUUUUCAUUGUGAGAUUUGUGGGAAAACUUUCACCAGGUCUGAUGGUUUACAAUGCCAUAAAAAGGUCCACUUUAAAAUCGCAAAACCUUGCUCUACUGCGACUCAACCAUACUAUGUUCUUGGAAACAAUAUUGUUCAAGAUGCAACUGAUCUAAAACAAGACAAUGUACUCAUAUGUGCUUACUGUGGAAGAACGUUUGGUAGUCUUGCUGGAUAUUACAGACACACCGAUAACAAACAUAAAGGUUUGAAAUAUAUACAUAAAUUUCAUUAUUUCAAAAUGUAAUAGAAGAAUAAUAUAACCCCGGAUCUUCUACUCUAUAUACAUAAAGCAGUUGGUUGCAUAGGUCUCAUCAGUUUGAAAAAUAUAGUGAGGGAAUUCCAACGUUCUUUCUCUAAAAUUAAUGGUUUGAGUAUAUAUAUGUUUGUAAUUUUGUACUAGCUGAUAUGAUCGCCAUUGCCACAUGACCACGAAUGGCUGAGCAAAUUUUAUUCCAUAGUUGCAAUGGCUUAGCAACUUUUAUUCCAUAAUUUGUAUAUAUUAAGCCAGAAAGGAAUUGUUUAUUAUUAUUUCUUCCAUGGGGUUGGUACCGUCAUAUACAGAGACCAAUAUAAACAUUGUGUAACAAACAUUGUUACUUACCCAACCUCGAGUAGAGUGCCUGACUAUCGUUUUCCCAUCUUUUCUUCUAAUCUUGCAUCUUAGCUUUGAUGCUUGCAUGCUCAUGCAUGUACAAUUGAACAAUAUAUAUACAACAGUAAUAGUAACAUAAAAAAGAAAACUAUUUCAAGUCAACUUUUUAAAGAUAUUUACAUGUUUGAACUACUUUAUUUCAGUACCGCAGCGCUACGUGGAUAAAGCUGUAGACUAGUUAAUGUAAUAAUGAUAUAAACUGCACGCCCAUAAGUAGUCAACCUGUCCCACUCUAGACACUCUAGAGGAAUGCUAUUUAAUUUCUUUCAGAUAACGAAGACCUAGAAUGUCGUAUUUGCAACAUCAUCUUCAACAGACCAAGUGCAUUAGAAAUUCAUAAUCGUGUGCAUACCGGAUUGAAACCAUAUCGUUGUGACAUUUGUUCCAAAACAUUUUCAGUACGAGGAAAUCUUAAACGACAUUUAUUUAUACAUAGCGGAGAAAGACCUUACAAUUGUACAUAUUGUUCAAGCUGCUUUAAUAAUUCCAGUCAUUUAGCAAGGCAUGUUAAAUCUAAACAUAUUGUAAUGAGAAAUCGUCAAUUGAGGUAUGACAGCAUUGGAAUUUAAUCAGUGGUUCAGAUUUACCUGUAUCAUGCAAUCACGAAAAAUUCUUUCUCUUCAAUAAUUUUCAAAUCGUAGUGUCGUUUGCGACUCAAGUAUUGUUGUUUGUUAACUAUAUAAAUACAAAAUAUUUUCUAAAUAAUUCAUAUAUGUAUAUAUAUGCAUGCAUGGUCAUGGAUCUUAUUAAGUUUGCACAUCUCUUUUUGUUUCAUAUAAAAUUUUACAGCUAUAUGCUUAGUUUGUCUUAAGUUGGAUUUCCACUUACAAGAAAAAUUUUGCUGUCGAAAUUUUUCGCUCAAUUUCUUUGAAUUUUGAGCGGUCAAGUAGCACUGGCUUAUUCGGAUGGUCACAAUUCAAAAGAAAUGAAGUGAAAUAUUUCUCUGUAAGUGGAAAUCCUCCCUUAUUUUUUGCUUAUAUUUGUGCGUCACGUUAUUUGUAGAAACUAAAGCUAUAUAAUUGUGCCUGCUCAAGCUUGUGCAGAUACCAUGUCGUGGUUUGUGCAGUCUCAACUGACUGAUAUUUCAUCUGCAACGUUUCGAGGGAUGUACAUUCCAGCAGAAGAACGUUUCAUGACAAACAACUCCCUUUUUGUCGUCGCUUUACUCUCCCUUUUUGUCGUCGCUUGACAUAUUUCCAGAACGAAGAACAUUGUGCGGAAACGAAAGCAAGUGCUUAUAAACAUGGCCUUGACGCAUCAGUUGCAUCAUCCCGUUAUUUCAACGACUUGCCUAUUUCUGUAUAUACUGGUUUCAAGCCGCGAAUUGUCAUGGGAGUUAAUACAUUCACAUUGUUGACAUUCAUCCCUGUCUGACCUUGGAGUGUAUUGCUUUGAUUGAUGAGAAAAGUGGGUUCAUCAAGUGAAUAGUAGAUGAUUUUUAAUUUCUAUUCAUCAACGUUGAAACCCUCGUGUAUUUCAUGAAUGCUUCGCUAUAGAAGAAUUGUGUUUCUACGGUAACUUGUGUUUGUGUGUACUACUGUAGUGUACAAGAACUGUGUUUUGUCUUUUCAAUUUAAAAAAAAGAAUGUUUUGUGUAUCUCGUUAAGCCUGAUGUUUUUUGGGGGAAAACACUCCAACUAAUAGAUAUGUUUAGGUAAAAACAUAAAAAAAAACGUUCCUUACGAGUUACGGUAUAAUUCUUUCUAAAAAAAUGUUUGUUAAUUAAGUCUGUGGCCUUUGAACUCAGCUAGCUCUUAGUACCGAUUCUCUAAACCUUGAAGAUUUUACAGAUGAGGCUAAUUAUAAAUAUGAGGUCUAAUUUAAGCGAACUGCUUUAAAACCUGGUUCUCACAUGGACUAUUGUUAAUGAUCAUAUUGUAAUGACCUCAGUAGACUGCGAGCAAUCCCUCUAUUUUCCUUCGUUUUAUUGUUUCCCGGACUAAGAUUGAACGCGCGGGAAAAUGGCAAAUGACCUCAGGUAGACAAAGGAUGCAUGUUAUUCAUCAUUGAUCCAAGACAAUGCAUCUGAUUGCAAUGCGAUUGCAUCGCAGACAUUCCCUCCUUGACCUUGAUCAUCCAAGUGUUAUAACAAAAUUAAAUCCCUUUUUCCACUUGGCAACUUUUUCUUUUGUCGGCGUCACUUUUGCUGACGUGUAAAGGCCGAGACACACCGGAGGCGAUUCGCCAACGCAACACAAUUUUUCGAUUUUCACGACCGGUAAUUUUGAUCCUGCAGGUUUAAGUUUUUUCAAUCAUUUAGAAGUGCUAUAACAUUUUGAGUUAUUUGGUCUACAUAUCUUUUAAAAUUUCCUUUCAUUGGCUGUUUUAUUAACUUUCAAAAACUGAAAAAUCGCGCAUUGUCGAAUCGCGUCCGCCGACAAAGGAAAAAUCGCUUCGUGCGAACAAAUGGUUUGUCUCGUGGAAACUUGAAUUCAAACUAAACUCUAAAGUUGCAUGUUUUGUAACAUGUCGAUCCUAAGGAAAUAGGUGUGGCAUGUUUUGAGGGGAAUUGUUGAGAAACACUGAGGCUACUAGGGAAAAUAAUAAUUGGAUAUCUACAGGGUGUAUAAAAAAAAGGAGACCUUUAGAAAUCAAGCAUAUUGUUAAAAUUUGAAUGCCUUUUCAAUUGCACAUAUGCUGAACCAUGGUGCGUGAAAUAUUGAUGGAGUGCAUAUAUUAGAAAAAGGAGACCUUUUGAAAUCAACCAUUGUUAUAAUUUGAAUCCUGGAGCACUUUGCUAAGCCUACGAGUGCGUAACAUGCGAUCUACGUACAGUAUGCAUGGCAGAUUGUUCCCAGGAGCAGACAACCUUUUGUUUAAACGUUCAAUUUCUAAAGGUCUCCUUUUUCUAAUAUAUGCACCCCAUCAAUAUUUCACGCACUACGGUUCAGCAUAUGUGCAAUUGAAAAGGCAUUCAAAUUUUAACAAUAUGCUUGAUUUCUAAAGGUCUCUUUUUUUUAUACACCCUGUAUAACAUUUUUUAUUUCUAAAGGUCUCUUUUUUUUAUACACCCUGUAUAACAUUUUUUCUGUAAGUAUUAAGAGGAAAUGCAUUCCAGGAUUCUGAACAAGAGUGCGCUAGGAAGAUUACGAUUAGCAUUUCUAUAGCGCAAAUUUACAUGUGGAUAUGAUCAAAUGCGCUUACAUCAAGUAUCACGCUUACCUAAUUACUUACUUAGCCCUGACUACACGGCAAAAAAAACGCCGAGCCCCAGCCUAGUCCCAGUCGUUCUGAAGCAAGCGCGAGAAAAAAGUGGAUGUAGCACAUGACGAGACUGGGACCUAGGUGUGACGUCACCGCUCAAGGUGCUUCAGAACGCCUAGCAGAUUUCAGUAUGUUUAAUAUGGCGGAAAAUUUAUAUAUACAAGUAACCUUUUAAUUAUAAAUACGACAAUGCUCGUUCAUCAUGUACAUGUUCGAUGUCUACAUAACCAAAUCAAACUGUAUUAAAAAUGUGCUCAACUAAAAAAAUUUAUAUACAAAUUUACGAUACCGAGUUUGAGCAAUCGUUGAUGUUAUUUAUGUACUCGCAAGUUGUGAUCAACACUAGACCAUACUGGUAUACACAACUACGCUUUCUACUUGACAGGUUUAAAUUGCUGAGGAGAUUGGAAAUAUUUGCCUGACAUGACGGGUGUUGUCAAAACAUUCUUAGUCGGAGACUCGGCAUAAUUUUCAAGCUUCUAGAUAGCAUUUAACAUGGCUAUAUAUUUUAGUAAACACGAGUCAUAUUUAGCCCGUUAUUCCAUUCUGACCGUAUGGCAGCGAAACGUAGCCUACUUCAUUGUUCCGACAGCAUUAGAGCAAAACUAAUGACUUAAUUAUAAAUGCAAAGGAAAUUUCCAUAACAUUUUCCAUUUACAAAUGAGGUAUGCUUGGUAACCUGGCCAGGGACCACUUUUUUGAAAUCAGGGACCAUUUUACCGAAAUCUGCUAGGCUCUCUCGCUGAAGCGUUCCGCACAGCACACCCAGGCAUAAAACUUUUAAGACUUUUUAAAUAUAUCAAAGCAGCGAAUAGAGAGAGAGCCUGGGACUAGGCUGGCCGAGCCCGUUGCUCAACAGGACUGAACAAUGUUUUGCUGCCCACGUUGUUCACACUUGUCAACAAUAUUGAACAAUGCUGUUGAGCAUGAAUCGGGUGUAACAAUAUUGUUCAAUGUUGUUGACAGCUAUGAACAAUGUGGGCAGCAAAUUAAACAUUGUUCAGUCCUGUUUUCAUCAGUAUUGCAUCAACCUGAGCGUUUUUUGCCGUGUAUUUAUCUGUACAACAAUUGUGAUAUUGCUUUCUUGUCCCUGUGGAAGGAAACCGCGGGCGGAGAAAACCCACGACUUUCGGUAGACUCGUGUGAAAAGAGUCAGUCAACGCUCUCUACUCAAAUAGUAAGAAUCGAAUUCACGAUCUCGGAGGUGAAAGGCGCUUGCUCUGACAACUGCACAACCGAAGCUACAUACAUUGUAUAAGCAAAAUUAUGCUGCAUGGGAUUAUUAAUUUAUCCUUGCAUGCAUGGCUAAGCUUGCUUCAAGUGGCGCAAGGAGAUUGAAUGAUUGUGAAUUCCUCCCUUUUUACUCCAUUGUCCUCCAAAUUAUGAUUGCGUUCGGGGCCGUACGCGGGGGUAGGGGAGGGGAGGCAGCAGCGGGCAAAUGCCCCCAGAGAAAAUUUAACUUACUUAUUUUAUGAAUGUUAUUAUAUAUUAUUCAGCCAAAUAGCGCUUAUACUUUUGUAAAUCAGAAUGUAUGAUUCUUUUUUUAUUAUUAUUAUUUAACUAUCUAACUAUUAUUCUAACUGAUAUGCAUGACUUUUAAUGCAUUGAAAGUUACAUAAUACUACUUAAAAUGGGAUUAAAUGACGUCUGCAGGCAUAAAACCGGGGAAAUAGAAAGAAAUUUCCUACGUUUUCCUACCGUUGAGUAUGUUUAAUUUAAUAAUUAAGUAAACACCUUUUCCGCACCAAUCUGAUUUAUACAUUAAUGUCAUUAAUUGUGGGCUGCACACUAAUAUCGAAUUGAAAAAAUAUAAUGAAACCACAACAACUGUGCCAGACAUUCUCGCCAUGUAGAUAGGUGCAUCCCUAUCAUUCCGAAGCUUUCUUUAGUUUCUUAUAUACUUGGAAAAUCAGCUUUAUAAUAACCUCUAUUUAGAACCUAACCUGAAUGUCAGGCCUUUAUUUUUUCGCCUUGCGCUAAAAGGUGAAAAUCGGACGGAGGAUUGACACCGAUUUUCACCUUUUAGAGUAAGGCCACUAUUUGUUGCAUAUUAGUUUCUCAUCCGGGGCUUCACCUAAAGUUGAUGCGGGCGGGCGGGCCAUUACCAUUAUGCCAUUAUUUGUCGGAUUUCCCCUCUCCGUAAAUAUUACUUUGAAAAAAGUGCGCAUUUAGCAUUUAUAGCAUUGCAAAACAGCACAAAAUUAGUGAGGGCAACUGAAACCAAGUUUUCAUAUUAAAAACAUGGCCACAUGUGAAAUAAUCACAGAAUAGAGAAAUAAUUUUGUAGCCAAGUCGUCUCGCGCUUUUUUCCUUGCCCCUAGCCUGAAUACAGACCUUCGUUUUGCUCGCCCUAAAAUUCGCGGGUGGGAGGCGCAAACCCUUUCCAUCGACCCGCGAAUUUUAGGGCGGGCGAAACGUAGGUCUGUUUUCAGGCUACCUUGCCCCUGGCUUUCGGUAGAACUUUUACGUAAAUCGAGAGAAACUGGCAGUUUUGGUAUGAAAUUUCGUAUCUUAACUAAAACUUUUGGUUUGGGAACGUUUCUAAUUGUCUUUCUUUCAAAUAUCAUUUUGAAGACAUCACAAAAUUUGUAAUAACGGUCAAAAAUGGCAAUAUGGCAAUAAUGGCGAACAAGACCAUUUUCUUAAAAAGUAUGUGGGCGGGGAUGAGAAACUAUAAUAUACAACAAAUAGUGGCCUAAGGUGGAAAUGACAUUCAGGUUAUAUCUAGCACGCCGCAAUUUCGUGCAUGCAUGCGUGCAUGCGUGAGGUCUUUCGUUAGAGUCACUCCGCAUUGUGUGGUAAUGUAGCCCAAUAACCGGAUUAGAGAUAUAUUGAUUAACACCAUUAAAAGUCUACUAGCUAGGAGAUUUUACCUGAAUGAGGUUUUAUCCACCGCCACUGAGUUUUUCGUGAGAAAAUAAGCCUGCGUGUAGAACCCAGAAGCAGGUUGAUUCAUAGGAUUGGCUGUAGCAGAACAGGCCCAUGGGAAUAGACAUUAAAGAACAUGGGUUUCAAAGAUUUCCGUUAUUUACGUCUAUACUGUUUUAGUUCGAACUGACUUCAGACUAACAAUGUCAACUCAAAUAUUUUAGGGUAGUCACCAGGGCUGGAAACAAUUUCUGGAACUACAGGAGAAUAUGGACAUUGACCUGACCACAGCGCUGCAGAUACACUUCAUCCGCUCACUGCAGUUUUAAUUCUUUUGAUUUGACUUUGUUGUUGAUAUUCUUUAUUUUCUUUCUCCUGACCACAAAUAUUUUUUGGGUCAAAUGGUCCCAAGGUCCGUUAUUUUCCCCUUCCAUGAUGGUAACGUAAUCGUGCGACCAAUUUUCGUUCAACAGUAUAUAUAAGCUAGCCAUUCACGUAUUUAUACUUAUGCAGUUUUAAUUUACGUGUGUUAAAAGAAUUGAGAUAAUUCACGAUUUCAGAAAACAGAAUGGUAAACUUUCAGUUCAUGCAGAUGAUAUAAUUCAGAUUGUUGUUCUCUAUUUUUCUUUAAGGCCGCAUUAAAAGCGUACAAGAAAGAUAUUGGUUAUUCAAACUAUUCCAAAGCAAAGGAUUUAAAAAACGAAACAAUACGUAAGUAUUGGUUUUUGCAUAUGAAUCAUAUAUAAAUUGUAUACAUGUAGAUAAAUUACAGAUCUCAUACUUUGGGGGGAGGGGGAUAAAACUGAUAUGACAUGCAUUUUGUGGAAUUCAAUGUCAACAUUACUCAUGAAGUCAUUACAUUGAUAAAUUUAAAUUACAGUGCGAAACGUUUAUGUUAUACUGCAUAUGUUGGAUCGGGGGAAAGGGGAGAAUACAAGUGCAUGCAUGCGCAAGCAUCGAUUAGAGCAUUCGGGGAAUUGUUAAAUUUUUCAAUGCCUGAAAGUCAAUGCACACAAUUUUGCAAGCGCAAAUAUCACCAUAACGCCUUGCCUUAGUAACCUCGCCGACGACAUCGAAUGAGUAUACAAGAAUGUGCUCGACGGAUAAUUUUUUCAGAUUUGGAAUACACUAUUCAGCUAUUUUCCUAGCUGUGUAAUACUUCAGAUUCAAUAAACUAUCUAUCUAAACUAUCUAUCUAUACCCAUCUUGCCAUAAAGGAGAAAGAAAAGGAAAAGGAAAUCACUACCGGUAUCGCCGGCAGGGCCGCCGAGAGGGGGGGGGGGCAGGGGGCAAAUUGCGCCGGGGCCCCACCUUAAUAGGGCACCAACUUGAGAGGGAGAGCCUAAAAUUGAGUAGGUGUCAGAGCAUUUUUGAAAUUGAGGGCCCCUUACAGUACCUCUACAUGCAGUCUAGCUAACGUCUAGUUGGGUUUAGCUUAAAAAUAAUGAUGUCAUGGGGCCCCCAGGGAACUGAGAUUUGCCCUGGACCCUGCGAAUUCUUUCGGAGGCCCUGGGUGUCGGUGGUUGACAUCUGAUAAAACAUCGUGUCACUUUAGCUUUAAUUUUCUCAGCUUAGACAACGUUGAUUAUCAAAAUUACUUCGCCAUUAAUGAACUCAUAAGAUGGGUCGCAGUCCGUGCAGCUUCAGAGACCUUAAGAUGUAGGACGGCAUAGCGACAACGACGGCCAAAACAAAUUCAUUCAAAUAAAUGAUUGCCAGUAAAGAAAGCUUAUCGUAUAUUAUCAAUCGUAUGAAUUUAAAACAGCUUGAAGAGAUCAAAACAGAGGCUUUCUAUUGAGUAGAACUCUACAUUGAUACUGAACCAAUUUGUGGAGUUUCCACUUCUUAAGCCUGCCGCACACAAGAGAAACUUGCUGAGCUAACCGCCAGUUACCGCCUCGCGUGGCAGCUAGCUCAGCAAGUUCCUCUUGUGUGCGGAUAGUUUUCGUGAGGAUUUGACCUCUCCAGGCCUUGAGGAAAAUAUCUAUCAUGUUUGAUAUUUUUCACCUCACGAGGAAAAAAUCUCAACGUCGACUGCUGAUGUUGCGAGCUUAGUGCUGAGCUGCUUGAAUCAAUUAGCCAAUGAGCCAAUUAGUCAAUUAGUCAAUUAGCCAACGUGUGCGGUGAAAAUGCAUAGCUGAGCUAGGAGUGUUUAUAUGAUCCCGUCACUUAUCCCGCCUAGACGGGAUCUCGGCAACAGAUGCCAGGAUCCCGCGUAAACGAGAUGAAAAUUCCCAUAUAAACACUUCAUCCCGGCUAGGCGGGAUGAACGUUUCCCUUUUCCGCAUGCGUAAAUGCCUUUAUUGCAACAAAAAUAUGACGUCAAGCACUUAAAUGGCUUCAACCCGGCAAUGUAUCAGUUGUCCAUAUAAACACUAGGCGAGUUUGAAAACGAGGAUGAAAACGUCCCGUCCCGUCUAGGCGGGAUCUUAUAAACAGGCCCUAAGACGGUUUCUCUCCGGUGCGGCAGGCGUUACGUACUAAAAUGCAAACGUUACACACAGGACGUGAAAGCUCUGGUUUCCCGUUGUAAACAGACCGUGGACGACGUAUAAAUCUCACGUGGGAUUUUAAUUAUUCAUUUCUUUUCUUAAAUAUUAUUAAUUUCGUUGUAUUACUAGCCGUCGUCACGUUGCCGUUCUAGAUCUUAAGGUCUUUUAUCAGAUAUAAAAUAUUCGGCUGUUUCCUCGUGUUUUACAUCUGAUAAAGCACUCCUGCUCGUGUUUUAAAUAUUUACUACUUUUGUGAUUUCUUUAUUUACUAGCUUUUUAAUAAACUUGAAUUUAUAUACGCUUAUUUGUAGCUAAACAAGAACAUAAAAUAGAAAGUUGUUGUGCUGAAAAUGCUGGUGCGUCUAAUUCUGAAAAUGGUGACUGGGCAGCGUACCAAACACCAGAAGGUUACUGGUAUUACUUCAAUAACCAGACUGGAGGUAGGUUUUUGUGUUUGUGCAACCUAACCAGUCCAAUAUAUGUAACGCCCCCACAUUACAUUUCCCUAAUUCGCAUAAACGUUUAGCUCAUCCUAACUGCAUGUUAAUUUAAAGCGUGAAUGCUAGUCAAGUUGCAAAUUUGUAGUGGUCUGUGUAUACACUUUAUUUUAGAGUCCAGAUGGGAUUCUCCAGAAGGCUUUUCAUUCUCUGGCCAACAGCAGAACCAACAGACGUUAGGGUAAUUUUCUAUUCGCACACAAGUGAUUCCACAUGCACAUCUUAAUUAAUGUUACCUGUAUAAAAUUACAUCAUGAUAUCGAUACAUCAUUCAUGCCUGUUUUAGGGGCUGUUUACAAGUUUUGCUUUGCUGGGACAAGAUGUGAGGCGGGGUGAAUUUGAAUUUUGAUGUAUUGAAAUAAGUUACGGUGCACGAUUCAGCAAAACUACGUUAUUUUUCUAGUAAUAGAUUAUAGUAUAAUUGUAAACAAAAGGUUGUUGGCAAGCCUCAAUAACCGUCCUCUUGAACUACGAGAUCUCGACAAUAUUUGAUUUCUUUUAACUGGCGUGAACUUCGUUCUAACCUAUAGUGAAUUAUUUCAAUACAUAUUAUCAUCACGCCUUCCAUCCCUUCCCAGCAAACCGGGAUCAUGUAAACAGCCGCUUAAUUAAGGUGAUUCAUCAGUUUUGCAUUGCGCACUUUUACUGCGCAUAUCUAAUAACAAAUUCUAGCUAAUAUAUGUAGUCGAACUGCAAUGUAAAGUGAUAAAGAAAGAGUAAGGGCAAAGAGAAAUUCAUUAGGCGUGCUUCAGGAAAUAUACCUUGAUUCGGGCUUCUGUGCAACUGACACUAAACCACAUUAUGCUGUCACAUUCUGUGACUACUUUAGUUGGCUGUUUACCUAAUCUGUUAUAUUUAUUUUGUAUUCUUUUCUUACUAUUUUUGUCUAUGGUAAUAAAAUCUUCUUCUGUUUAACCCUUGUAUCACUUUAAGAAGAUCCGUGAUCCUACUUUUUUAUCUUAUAUUUUUGUUCUUCUAUACGUUCUACAUGCAUGUCAUAUCAGAAAAUACGAGAAAAAUCAUUUUCACAACUUAUUAUAUUUUACAUUUUUCGCGCAUGCUUCCCAAAACAACAUGUCUGAGAAGAUGGGAAAAGACAUCUUUGCAGCAUGGCAAUGCACGUCAAUGGUUGUUGAUUUGCUAAAAUACCAUGGUUUCUUGUAUAUAAUCACUAGAUAGACAUUUUUAGUAGGAUCCUUGUUGAAAGCAAAUUCAACGGUUGAGCAAUUGCGAUUGUUCCUGUAACUCGUAAAAGGAUCAAGCUAUGGCGCCAUAUGGGGGAAAAGGUAGCAUGUUACACUCGUCAUAUCUUCGAAACGAGUUCAGUGACCCCAACUUUUUUCUCUGUUUUUACUAUGAGCAUAUCAUAAACUUCACCCCUGGGAAGUUUCGGCAAAUUCGCAUUUCCAAAACAAUUACUGAUGAAUCACCUUAAGGUGGCUCCCUACAGUUUACUAGAAAAUGGAAGACCUCCGAUUUAGACCCGAUUUUUCAACAUUCCUGUAUAUUAAAAGACAAAGAAAGUCCGAUUAGAAAAAUAAUAACUACAGAGUUGGAUUUUUUCGAAAAAAGGCAUUCCAACUGCCGUUGCUAUGGCAACAAUAAUGCUUCAAUAUGUCCGAUAUUUUGGGUUUAAAGUUAUUUAACUUGAAAAUAAGGUCGGUUACCCCCAUUUUUUAUUUCAUAAAAAGAAUUCGUUUAGUAUUUUGAAUCAUUAUUAUGAUUUUUUAAAAAUUCUGUCAUGCGAAAAAAAAUUAUUACAAAUUAUUACAUUUUCCGAUCUUGAAAAAUUUUGGCAUGACAGAAUUUUUUUAAAUCACGAAAAUGAUUCAACAUACUAAAAUAAAUCAUGCUAAAAAAUAAAAAAUGGGGGUCACCGACCUUAUGUCAUUGUUGCCAUAGUAACGACUUUAGGAGUAAAUUUUUAAAAACUCCGAACUCCUUAGUUAUUGUUUUAUUCAAGUCAGAACUCUUUGUUUUUCAACAAAUAAUUAUUGUCCAGAAAUUCAUGUUCAAAUCAGAAAAUCUUACAUUUUUAUAAAAAGUGUAGGUAGCCACCUUAAUAGAAACUUUUUUAUUGUGAUAAUUAGUAACAGCAGUGAACAGAGUUCAGGUGAACAGACCAAUGAAGUGGUAAGAAAUGACGAAGCUGCUGAUCAGGUUUGACAUUUUUUUUCUUUCUGUAAUUAGUUGUUAACGAUAUUUUUUAUAUGACUUAAUUGCGGUGAUCAUGCAUUAAGAUCAUACAGCAUCUCUAAUAAUACUAUAAAGAUCUUUCAACUUCAAUUCGUAGUUUCAACUCAGUAAAAAAGUUUCAAAAUUGCAUGACAAGAUAUUAGCUUUAUCCUAAAGCUGUCUUUGUAAAUACAAUUGCAUGCAGUUCCUGCACACUAUAAUAUAAUUCUAUUAUUGAGAUACCCGUAAUCAUCAAAAGUAAAUUCAGCGAUCUGUCACUACUCACUACAUACGUGAAAAUAUAGGCAGUGUUAAAAUCUUAUACAUGACAAGUUACCGAUAUUUCGCGGUUGACGUUUAAACUUUUUCACUUGAGUUUUUGAUGGUCUAGACUUUUGUAUGUAUUUGAAAUUAUUUUUGAAGAGCAUGGAGGAGAACAACAGGCACAACAGUCCUUUUGGAAAGUGGGAAACUGUUGCUGUUUAUGAAAG